UGCUUUCCCACCAGGCAGACCAGUCGCUUCCUGGCUGCGAGAGGUGCAACGUGCCCGGAAGAAGUCAGUGUUCAGUGCGCGCGAGCAGUGUGUGUUGUGACGAGAAGUGUUCGUGUGUUCCGAAGAUGGUUACCGGAGGUGGUACAGUAUCGCCUGCUGUGGUACCUGGCCCCGGCAUUAUUGCGGGCAGUGCCCCUGGCUGUGUGACCACAGCAACACCGACACCAGGACCCGACACUGCGGGCCUACCUCCCCAGAGACGAGUGACGGAAAACAGAAGGAGUAACAAACCAAUCAUGGAGAAGCGGCGCCGUGCCCGUAUCAACAAUUGCCUCAACGAACUGAAGACGCUGAUAUUGGACGCCAUGAAAAAAGACCCGGCGAGGCAUACCAAGCUGGAGAAGGCCGACAUCUUGGAGAUGACAGUGAAGCACCUGGAGAACUUGCAGCGCCAGCAGGUUGCAAUGUCUGCAGCUACAGACCCUGGCGUGCUGAACAAGUUCCGGGCAGGGUUCAGUGAGUGUGCUGGCGAGGUUGGCCGCUUCCCUGGACUUGAGUCCCCUGUACGAAGGCGCCUUCUUCAGCACCUAGCGAACUGCCUGAAUGGUACCACAACCACCACGACAACUGCUACCAGCACCACAUCGGGCACAACCACACCACAGCCCACUCCUCCAGAUCCGGCACCAGUGCCAUCACAGCAUCAGACUUCCGUCCAAGUUCACAUUCUCCCCACAUCGACUACCACCCCCACAGUUGACACCCACCAAGCACCCACAGCUCUUUCAUCAUCUUCAAAUGGAAUUUUCUUUACAACGGGUCCCAAUGGUGGAGGACUGCAGUUGGUCCCAACCCGUCUUCCUAACGGUGAUAUUGCCCUUGUGUUACCAUCCACUGGCUCAGGUACAGCCCAGAUUUUCCGACAAGCCGCUACAAUCACCACUGCUUCACCAGCUUCAUCACCAGCACCAUCCUCUUCAUCGUCAUCUUCUUCACCGCUUCCUAUGCUUAUCCCAAUUCCUACGCGCACAUCCUCGACAGCUUCUGCAUCUUCAUCCACAUCUUCGUCAUGCGCGUCAACUUCUCCAAUAGCGUUUGAUAGGCUGACUGUGAGCAGUCCGUCGCAGACGAAUCCUGUGGUGAACCCACCAGUGUGCAGAGACAUGGCGACGUCACCCACAGCAUACCACUUGCCGGUCAGCCCCGCAGCUGGUCACCGUAGUAAUGGCGGUUACAGUGUGGUGGACCAACAUCCACCCCUCAGGCCAUAUAGCCCUCCACUGCAGAAACCAUUAGCUUUGGUUGUGAAGAAAGAGGUUGUUCCAGAAGUUGCCAGUGUGGAGGAGAAACCGUGGCGGCCAUGGUGAUGCAAUGUACAUAAACUGCUGUAAGACGUGAAGUUCCUCAUACCUGAAUAACAAUA